GAGCUGGGGGGUGCGAGUGCCUCGGCGGACGGGCCAGAGUUCAAAUGACCCGGACAAACGGGCUGGUCUGAGCUGAGCGGGGUGAACUUGAAUAAGGAUCAAUGCAAAUUACUGCACUCGCAAGGAACAGCCCGCUUCAGCGGGAAGCCGCUGUCUAGCAAGGAGCACGGCGGAGAGGGACCCAGGGAUACAAGCUAAAUACGGCAACGGGUCACUCUGAAAAGCAGACCUGAUUCUGGGCUGCACUGGCAGGAGUGUGAACAAGCUGCCCGGAUGAAGAAGCUGCAGGAGCAGGAGAAGCGGCAGAAGGUGGAGUUCAGAAGGAGGAUGGAGAAGGAGGUGUCUGAUUUCAUCCAGGAUAGCACGCAGACCAAAAAGAAAUUCCAGCCUAUGAACAAGAUUGAACGCAGCAUCCUGCAUGAUGUGGUGGAAGUCGCUGGGCUGACAUCCUUCUCCUUUGGAGAUGACGAAGAGAGUCGUUACGUCAUGAUCUUUAAAAAAGAAUUUGCCCCAUCGGACGAGGAGCUGGAGGCCUAUCGCUGUGGGGAGGAGUGGGACCCCCAACGGGCUGAGGAGAAACGCCGCCUCAAGGAGCUGGCUCAGCGGGAGGCAGAGCAGGAGGCACUGAGGGGUCCAGCUGUGGUCAGCCCAAACACCGACUACAAGGACAAAUACAGUCACCUCAUCGGCAAGGUGGCUGCCAAGGACGCUGCACACACUAUGGAGGCCAACAAGGCCUACGGCUGUGUUCCCGUGGCCAACAAGCGGGACACGCGCUCCAUCGAGGAGGCCAUGAACGAGAUCCGAGCUAAGAAGCGGCUGCGGCAGAAUGAAGACACAGAGCCAGGCGGAGCUGGGACCUCCUAGUGUGUGUGUGGGGGAUGGGGGUCCUGCUCAGAGCCAAGGGUGGGAGGGAUCCCUGGGACUGACUUCACACCUGCUGCUGUGUGUAAACCUUAUUUGGGGCAUCCCAGACGGCGAGGGGGGAUUGCGCUCCCCCUCUCCCAUAUAACCAGGUACCCCACCCAGUAUUUACCUCGUAGCCUCUUAAUGGUUUUAGGUUUUCAAGGGGGGAAUAUUUUAAAAGAUUUGUUUGGCAUUGUUUCUAUCUGUAGUGGGAGGAGGGAAGUCCCCAAGCAUGGGGAGGGGAAGAGUCUCUCUUUGGGGUGUGGGAGAGUAGAGAACUGGGUACAGUGUCCCUUUCCUCCACUGGAGAGCGCCUGGGCCCCAUGGCAAGCUGCAGUAUCCUACUUCUACCACCAGAGAGCAGUGCUUCCCCAGCCCUGCCAGAAGGUCCCAGCUGUGGAGCUAUUGGAGCCCUGUCCUGCCCUGUGGCUCCUGGGAGGGGAGCCCAUAACCUGCAUGGUGGGGGAGCAGAGGAAAUCUGUGGGGGGAAGGGAGGGGCCCUAGUGCCACAGUGUGGGGGGGGCUGGGAUUUUAACAUGUUCUCCCUACUGGGAGCUCUGGGCCCCUCAGUGAAUUAGUGAUGGGCGGGGGCUGUUUGUUAUUUAAGUGUAAAUAGAAUCAAUCCCCCCACACACACUCUAGGGUGCAAUGAGGGGCAGACAGAGCCCAGGAAGUCACCUCCCCCUCCCAGCAGCAGCAGCUCCCUGGCGUGUGUAUGGAUAUGUGCGGUGAUGGGGGCCGUAAGGGGAGCUGUCCUGGCCCAAUAAACUGUCUCUGUUGAAUCCAAGUCA